UAUAACUUGCUAAUAAAUAAAACAAAAUAAGACCCAUUUUUCCAAUUAAUCUCCAUCCCCAUACACAAACAAUGAACUCCAACGACUUCUGCAAAAACAUACCAGACCUCGUAUCAUCAUUCAUCGACACCUUCGUUGACUUCACCGUCGCCGGAAUCUUCUUACCGGACCCACCAUCUCCACCCUUUUCUCAAACCACCUACCCUCCCCCUGACCGUCUGAUCGCCGUCGGUGAUCUCCACGGCGACCUCUCCAAAACCCAGCAAGCCCUCCGUCUGGCCGGCCUCAUCGACGCCGGCGACCGGUGGUCUGGCGGCAGCGCCACCCUGGUUCAAGUCGGAGACGUCCUCGACCGCGGUGGUGAAGAACUUAAAAUCCUUUACUUUCUGGAGAAACUUAAACGACAAGCGGUUAAAGAUGGUGGGAAUGUUAUUACCAUGAAUGGGAAUCAUGAAAUAUUGAACGUUGAUUGGAAUUUCUAUAGUACGGAUCCGUCUGGGAUGGAAGAAUUCCGAAAUUGGGCUUAUUGGUAUACUACAGGUAACAAUAUGAAACGAUUAUGUGAUGGAUUAACGAAGCCUAAAGAUAUAUACGAUGGAAUUCCUUCGAAUUUCCCUGGAAUUAAACAAGAAUAUUGGAGUGGAUUCAGAGCUAGAAUUGCUGCAUUGAGACCAAAAGGUCCCAUAGCUACAAGAUUCUUAUCUAAGAACUUAACUGUUCUUGUAGUUGGUGAAUCUGUGUUUGCUCAUGGUGGGCUUUUACCAGAACAUGUUGAUUAUGGUUUAGAACAGAUUAACAUCGAUGUUAGAGAUUGGAUCACAGGGUUAAAAGAUAACAUAUCUUCGGAUUUAGUUAGAGCAAGAAACUCAGUUGUUUGGCUGAGGAGAUUUUCAAGGAAAUCUGUUGAAGAGUGUGAUUGCAGUAUGCUGGAACAUGCGCUUGCAACGAUUCCAGGCACGAGAAGGAUGAUCAUGGGGCAUACUAUUCAAACUAGUGGCAUAAACACGGUUUGUGAUGGUAAAGCCGUACGGAUUGAUGUGGGGAUGUCGAAAGGCUGCAUAAACGGGCUGCCUGAGGUUCUAGAGGUUAGUGGGAAUUCCCAUUUGAAGAUCUUGACAUCAAAGACGGUUUAUGAUUCUGAUCGACAAGAUUUGGUGAUUCAAGAGCGGCAUGGACCUCUGGAAAUUCAAGUUAAGGCUUGAUUUUUUUUUUUCAGAUGUUAUUGUUGGACUUUAAAUCAAUAUGAAACACAUGUAGCUUUAAUUAUGGUUAACUAUUAAUAUUUAUUUGUAACCGAACACACUUAAAUUUGUGUAA